AUGCGUUGCAGAAAGCAAAGCAUUGGAUUUUAUUGUGUUGGAAGAGAGCCGGCUGCCCAAGACCAGGCACGUUGGGAAAGCCAGAAAUUGAAGCACAUCUUGGAGAUUCAAGAGCAACAAUUUGGCAAGGAGGAUCGAGACACACUCAACACCAAGAUCGAUCUGGCGGCCGCUCUGCAGCUGCAAAACGAUUUCACGGGAGCGCAGAAACAACUGGAAGAAGUAUUUGAAGCUCUUGGCCGAGCUCAAUCUGCCGAUCUGAAGCCACAACUGGAGGAAGUAUCUGAAGCUCUUGGCCGAGCUGGACCUACCGAUCUCAAGGAUGAACUUCAUGGUUGCUGUGAAACAUCAGCAUGUGCCCACCCUACCACCCGGAAGGAUGACCCAAUCACACGCAGGGCGGUCGACUGCUUUGCGAGUUUACUUGGAUGCCUUCACGAAGACAAGGAGACAAUGUUGAAGGAAGUCUCGAAAAUGCAAUCGCAAAAGCUUGGGGAGGAGCAUCCACUGACCGUGAACUCCAAGGCCGACCUGGCAGUUGUUCUACAAGAACGGGACGAGCAAAAAGAAGCCGCUCAAGUGUUGAAGGAAAUUUUGCAAGAACCACAUGGACAUGACGUGGGCAUUGAUUUUCUGAAAGAUCUUACACUUAGCCCUGGACCUGCUGCUGCGGCGAAGGACUCAGCCAUAGAUGACAAGAAGAAGUUCACUCUGCACUUCGUUGCGAAAGAGCGAGCACAUGCUAACACCGAAGAGACCAGUGACAUCAAAUAUGAAGGAAAGAUUCGAUCCGGUGCCUCUGCUUGCUGGAUCUCCUUUCCGGGCAAGUUUGCUGCAGGGUGGGAUGCGUUGGUUGCUGAAUUGCACGGCGAUAGCGUGGCCUGCGUCUUCUUGAGCACGCCAGACUCUGGCCUAGGCUGGCACCACAAGUUCGCUGAUGGAAGUUGCUACUGCAAGCAUAUUUACGGAGAAAGAGACUUUGAGACAUUUGGCUAUUUGGUGAAAAUGAAAGACCGUGACAGUGAGAAGUUGAAGCGCGAGCAAGCGAAGGCCAAACUGACGCAUGCCGUCGUUGUCGCUGCAGAUGCCACAGAUAAAGAGGAGGAGAAAUGCAGACAAGAGGCCGAAAGAAGAUGGAAGGAGAACGGCAAGACGGCAGCGUGGGGAUGUCAAUGGUUUCAUGCUUGGAAGGAGAAGGUGCAAUCCAGUGGCAAGACAUGA